AUGUCGGAUAUCGAUGGUAAAUUGUUUGAAAUUGUCGGUACAGAUGAUGAGCUGAUCAUUAAUUUCAUCAGAGAUGUCAAGAGGAACUCUCAAAAUAUCCAAGAUUUCGAGACCAAAAUUGGUAAAAUGGACGUUGGAUUAUCCAGCGAAGCCAUUAGGGAAAUCUACGAUGUUUUAGCUGCCGGAGCUGGUGAUAAGGAUAAUGUCAGGGAACAAGUGUCAAAGCUUUUGAAGACAUCGGUGGGAAUUGAUGAUCAAGUAGUAGUGAAAUUUCUAUUGGGAAUCGUCGAUAAAACAGAUUCGGAAAACGAAUUCUGUCAAGAAUUGGAUAAAUUGGAUUGUGGAAUUCCACAAUCUAUAGCCAGUAAAAUAUACUGGGUUGCUAGAGGCGAUGCUAAAGUCAAACUGGAGGAGGAAGCAGAUAAAGGAUUGGCGCUCCCGAAUUUCAGGGCCAAAUAUGAUGACCUGAGUGAUCCUAGAGAUCUUCUGCCUAAGAAAAAAAAUCCAUUUCUCAGCCAUCGCGAUCCAGGACCCAUUCUAAACAAGAUAUACCCUGGUAGGAUUAAGAAUAUCACGGCUUUUGGUUGCUUUGUACAAAUUCAUGGUACCCAGGAAAAAAAUUCUGAUGGAUUAGUUCACAUUUCAGAGAUGACAAAUCAUAGGGUGAGGAGACCACAGGAUUUGGUACAAUUGGGACAAGAGGUAUUCAUCAAAGUUAUUAAAUUACAAAAAAACGGGAACGUUUCUUUAAGCAUGAAAAACAUUGAUCAGCUAACGGGGCAAGAGAUAGCCGCCGAUGAACCGAUCAACGAAAUGAGAGGAAGAAGAGAUCAAGUGCAAAAUCAAAGCGGAGUGCAAAGAAGACCGCUUACUUCGCCAGAGAGAUGGGAAAUCAGACAACUUAUUGCCAGUGGAGCCGCUUCGGCUGAAGACUAUCCCGAAUUGAAUCAACCCAAGACAAAUGCAGUAGUCAACACCCAAGAGCAUAAACAGCAAGAGGAACAAGUUGAUGUGGAAUUGAAUACUGAAGACGAACCAGCUUUUUUGAAGGGAGAAACUGAAAGAGGGCAACAAAAAGCUGAGGCGCCUAUCAAAAAUGUCAAGAUCGCAAAGGGCUCAAUGAAUAGGGUGGCCACCAACGGUUCAAAUUUAAUGAAAACACAUAGAGAGGAGAAAUCCAAAUUAAAGAAGGAGAUUGAAAGACGGAUACGGCAAAAGCAAGCACUAGAUGAUCCAACUACAGAUACAGCAACCCAAAGAAGGGAAGUAGAUCAAUUGAAGCAGCAAUUGGUGUUAACAGCAUGGGAAAGAAGUAGGAUGAAAGAAGACCUCACCUUUGGUAAGCAAAACACACUACCUCUAAGUGACCAAAGAAAGUCUCUUCCUGUAUAUGGGAUGCGAGAGGAAUUGAUUCAAGCGGUGGAAGAUAAUCAAUUUCUUGUUAUUGUUGGUGAAACUGGUUCAGGUAAGACAACUCAAAUCACUCAGUUUUUGAAUGAAGUGGGGUUUGGCGAACAUGGUAUAAUCGGAUGCACUCAACCAAGAAGAGUGGCUGCUGUAUCUGUGGCCCAAAGGGUGGCAGAAGAAGUAGGGUGUAGAGUUGGUAAUGAAGUCGGUUAUACCAUCAGAUUUGAAGACAGAACUUCAGAAAAUACCCGUAUUAAGUACAUGACUGAUGGUAUGUUACAAAGAGAAGCACUGUUGGAUCCAAAGAUGUCUCGUUAUUCGGUAAUCAUGCUUGAUGAAGCGCACGAAAGAACAGUGGCCACAGAUGUUUUAUUUGCACUUUUAAAGCAAGCAGCAGUCCAAAGACCAGAUUUGAAGGUGAUUGUGACUUCUGCUACACUUGAUUCUGUCAAAUUUUCUGAAUAUUUCCACAAUUGUCCUGUAAAGCAUAUACCUGGUAAGACCUACCCUGUGGACGUAGUUUACUCUUCGGAACCUCAAAUGGAUUACCUAGAAGCAGCUCUUGAUUGCGUGAUGCAGAUUCACGUUAACGAAGAUCCUGGUGACAUUCUAGUCUUUCUGACGGGUCAAGAGGAGAUUGAUUCAUGUUGCGAAAUCCUCUAUCAAAGGGUAAAGAUCCUGGGUAAGAGUAUUGAUGAACUGCUGAUUUUACCUGUGUAUUCAGCAUUACCAAGUGAAAUUCAAUCCAAAAUAUUUGAACCCACUCCGGCAGGAUCCAGAAAAGUAGUAUUCGCCACUAAUAUCGCUGAAACCUCAAUUACUAUCGACGGUAUUCGCUUCGUGGUGGACCCAGGGUUUGCCAAGAUAAAUAUUUUUAACUCUAGAACCGGUAUGGAACAGCUGGUAGUAUCGCCCAUUUCUCAAGCACAAGCUAACCAAAGAAAAGGUAGAGCGGGACGUACAGGCCCAGGUAAAUGUUAUAGGCUUUACACGGAACUAUCUUUCCGCAAUGAGAUGUUACCCAAUGCAAUCCCAGAAAUUCAGCGUCAAAAUCUAUCUCAUACUAUCUUACUGUUAAAGGCCAUGGGGAUUAAUGAUCUCUUACACUUUGAUUUUAUGGAUCCACCUCCAAGAAAUUUGUUAAUUGGAGCUUUGGAAGAACUUUUUAACUUAGAAGCAUUGGAAGAAGAUGGAUAUUUAACCAAGCUAGGGUCAAGAAUGUCGCAAUUCCCGACAGAACCCACAUUGUCAAGAGCGCUACUCAGCUCCGUAACUAACAACUGUUCUGAAGAGAUUAUAACCAUAAUUUCUAUGCUUUCCAUACCAGGAGUAUUUUAUCGACCACGAGAUAAACAGCAAGAUGCAGAUAAUAAAAAAAUCAGAUUCCAUCAUCCUUAUGGUGACCAUUUGACACUAUUAAACGUUUACCAACGGUGGCAAUUAGCUAAUUGCACGGAACAAUUUUGCACGGCACACUAUUUACAAUACAGGCACUUGAGGCGUGCUCGGGACGUUAGAAACCAAUUGACCACCAUUUUCCGUAAAUUACAACUGCCCAUUGUUAGCUGUCGGGGUGACCACGAUAUCAUUAGAAGAACUUUAGUAUAUGGAUUUUUCAUGAACGCCGCAAAAAGAGAUUCACAUGUCGGUUACAAGACCAUCAGUGGAGAGAUCCCAGUCGUUAUCCACCCCUCUAGCUCUCUGCAUGGUAGAGAGCACGAGUACGUCAUCUACCACUCUUUACUGCUUACCACAAGGGAGUACAUGUCUCAAGUGACAGCUAUUGAUCCAAGUUGGUUACUAGAAGCUGCUCCCCAUUUUUACAAAGUGGCUGAUGAAUCAAAGAAAAGAGCCAAGAUUACUCCUAUGUUCCAAAGACAUAAUGCUAAAAGAAUCCGGAGGUAG